CUCAGGCUCUGGAUUUGGUGUCUACGCAAGACUUCUCACUCAUUGAUCUUCGCACACAGAGGGAGAAGGGCCAGUCAGGCUUGCCCAGCCUCCCAAAGAAUGCCAGAAAGAGAUUUACUGCUGUUAGGUAGGUGUGUGUGUCUGUGUGUAUGCUGCUUAGUUUUUUUGUCAUAUAUAUAUUCUGAUAUAAAAAAGGAAAUCUGCCCGAGGAUGGGAAGUAUGCGCAAAAUUUCCCCUCCUCCCCCCCCUCCAAAAAAAAAAAGAAGUAUGCCUGAAAAAAAAAGAAGAGAUGUCAAUUAUGCCCAGGGGCCAGGACU